UUAGUCCACCUUCUUCACAUCUCUCUCUCUCUCUCUCUCUCUCAUGAAUUAAGCAGAGUUGAAUCACUGUGCUGAAAGCCUGAAAUCAGAUCAAAGUCAUUUUCCUGGCUUUCAUCUUCGAAAACCAACCGAGCUAGCUAGCUAGCUCAGCUUUUCUCUUCCCACAUCCUCUCAUUUCGCUGAUAAAUUAAAAGUAAGUUAGUAUACCAAAACACAAAUCAUCAUGAACCCUCUUCAAGAAUUUGACUUCCCAUCAUCGAACGCUACCUCAAAUCUGACAUCUUCAUCCUCGUCGUCACCCCCAUCAUCCACCACUCUUAGCCGCUACGAGAACCAGAAGCGCCGCGACUGGAACACCUUUGGCCAGUACCUCCGGAACCACCGACCGCCGUUAUCGCUGUCCCGAUGCAGUGGUGCUCAUGUCCUAGAAUUCCUCCGAUACCUAGACCAGUUCGGGAAAACUAAGGUUCACAACCAGCUCUGUCCCUUCUUUGGCCAUCCAAACCCUCCUGCUCCCUGCCCUUGCCCCCUUCGUCAAGCAUGGGGCAGCCUUGAUGCCCUCGUCGGCCGCCUCCGCGCAGCCUUCGAAGAGAACGGCGGUAAGCCGGAGACGAACCCAUUUGGUGCUCGAGCCGUGAGGCUGUAUCUUCGUGAGGUGCGUGAUUCUCAAGCCAAAGCUAGAGGAAUCAGCUACCAGAAGAAGAAACGGAAGCGUCCUCAAGAACCUCCACCAGCAUUGCCACCAUCGUCAUCAGCAAGUAAUCAGUAAGCAAUAUUUAUCACAAAUUCUAAAUAAUUUAGUCCUUCACAAUUCACAAGCCUUUUUACUCGUUUAUGCCCUACGAAUUAAAAGCGCCGUCGCGAUACGAUCCUGAUGUUUGUACAAUACGCCAGGUAGGGCUUCAAAACAUUGUGUCACGUUGUACUGUGAUAUUUGUGUAUCAUAUGUUGUAUCCUAUGCAUAUGUCUGUGUGUUUAUUAAUUAUGUGGCUCUGCUCAUUAGGUUGCUUCUCAGGUUAUUGUGGCAAAUGGCUAUAUAUAAGCUAGUACUUUUGCUUGCAUCA